AUGGAUGUUCCAGCAGGAAGAUUACGCUUUAGUGACAUCACGGGCAAACUGGGCACAUAUCUAGUGGCGCCAGAAUAUGUGUCGAAGUUCCAAGACAUUUUUGACAGAGCAGAGUACACUGACGUCGUGUUUGAGGCCUCUGAUGGGACCAGGAUUCCAGCACAUCGCAACGUUGUCGCCAUUUGGUCUUCGCUGCUGGAAAACAGGUGGAAGAGCAAUCCAAGCAAGAAAAAACCGAUCGUGAAGAUAGAGGAGCUGGAUGGUCCGGCACUGGAGCAAUUUCUUUCGUUCAUGUAUGGUACUGGAAUAACAGUGUCAUUGGGGUCAAUCAAGAGUGGAGUUUCUCUACUUGAAGUGGCGCAUGAAUACGAUAUUCACAGUCUAGUUGAGGUGAUGGACCAAGAGUUGCACCGCAUUAUUGAUGAACAGUUCGAGGAGAUUGAGGAGGAAACCCUCCUAGAUGUUCUCAAAGUUGCUGGAAGAGCUGGUGCAAUGGUUACAUUCAAAAGGCUGUUCGAGCAGUUGGAUCGUGAAACUGGUCCUAAGAUCAUAAAGAAGCUGUUCAUAAGUGAAGAUACUCGGGACCAUGAGGUGGCAAACAAGCUUGUUACCAUGACAUGGACUUCUUUAGAUUCGGAUUCAGAUGAUGAAUCAGAUGAUCAAGCAGUUGAAGAAGUGGGCGCUGAAGCAGGUGAUGAAGUAGAUGAUGCAGGUGGUGUCAGGACUUGA